GAUCUCGCGUUAGCUCCUCCUCAGUGGCGGCUGUGUGGCCCCCUGUCUUAGUCCGGACGGAGUUGUUUCUGACGUUUGAAUGAAAAACAGUGCAAAUUACCUCCACUUUGGACCCAGGAAAUAAUGGCUUCAGCCUUGGAGCAGUUUGUGAACAAUGUGCGGCAGCUCUCCGCUCAAGGCCAGAUGACUCAGCUGUGCGAGUUGAUCAACAAGAGUGGGGAGCUGUUGGCCAAAAAUCUGUCCCACCUGGACACGGUGCUGGGGGCCUUGGACAUCCAGGAGCACUCCUUAGGCGUGUUGGCUGUGCUAUUUGUGAAGUUCUCCAUGCCAAACAUCCCAGACUUUGAGACGCUCUUCUCCCAAGUCCAGCUCUUCAUCAGUACCUGCAACGGGGAGCACAUUAGAUAUGCAACAGACACUUUUGCUGGUCUCUGUCACCAGUUGACAAAUGCCCUUGUAGAGCGGAAACAGCCAUUGAGGGGGGUCGUCGUCCUAAAACAGGCAAUAGACAAAAUGCAGAUGAACACAAACCAACUUACCUCAGUUCAUGCAGACCUGUGUCAGCUGUGCUUGUUAGCGAAGUGCUUCAAGCCCGCCCUGCCCUUCUUGGAGAUGGACAUGAUGGACAUCUGUAAGGAGAACGGAGCCUACGACGCAAAGCACUUUUUAUGUUACUACUACUAUGGUGGCAUGAUCUACACGGGCCUGAAAAACUUUGAAAGAGCACUGUAUUUUUAUGAACAGGCAAUAACCACUCCAGCCAUGGCAGUGAGCCACAUCAUGUUGGAAGCCUAUAAGAAAUACAUCCUGGUGUCGCUCAUUCUCCACGGCAAAGUGCAGCCGCUGCCCAAAUACACCUCACAGAUAGUAGGGAGGUUCAUCAAGCCCCUGAGCAACGCGUACCAUGAGUUAGCUCAGGUUUACACCACCAACAACCCGGCAGAGUUGCGCAACUUGGUCAACAAACACAGCGAGACCUUCACACGAGACAACAACACGGGCCUGGUCAAACAGUGCCUCUCCUCCCUGUACAAGAAGAACAUCCAGAGGCUAACAAAGACCUUCCUGACGCUGUCUUUGCAAGACAUGGCGAGUCGAGUGCAGCUUUCAGGACCCCAAGAAGCAGAGAAAUACGUCUUACACAUGAUUGAAGAUGGUGAGAUCUACGCUAGCAUUAACCAAAAGGAUGGUAUGGUCUGCUUCCACGACAACCCCGAAAAAUACAACAAUCCAGCAAUGCUCCACAAAAUUGACCAAGAGAUGUUGAAAUGUAUAGAGCUGGAUGAGAAGCUAAAGUCUAUGGAUCAGGAAAUCACAGUAAACCCACAAUUUGUGCAGAAGAGUAUGGGAUCGCAGGAAGAUGAUGUUGGUAGCAAAACAUCAAGUUAUUCCUGAGGGGCCUUGGCCGGGGAGAGAACGCUGCAGCCACCCAACACGUUCUUCCCAGGAUGAGUUGGAUUUUUUUAAAAGAGGAAAACAAACAUUCUAUUGCAUAAGGACAUUGGUCAAGGAAAAUCUAAUUGUGUGGAAUGAUGAUAAAAUUGGUUAUUCUUACUUCGCAGUGUCUCGAGGAUAACAAAAAUCCUUACAGAAAAGGAAAAAAAAUGAUUACAAUUUUGUCAGUGUUUUAUUUAUCAAUGUUGAGGUUGGAGCGCCACUGCUACAUUAACGGAAACCACAAUAAUAAAAACUGGACUUAUUUGUUCCAAACAUG